UUCAAAGACGAAAUUUGUCACAAAUGCAGUAGAAGGGGGCACAUUCAAAGAGCAUGCAAAGCAAAAUUCAGUCACAACAGUAAAACUGAGAAAAUUAAAGGGUUGGUGAAUGCACUAGCAGAGAACAGUGGCAGUGAUUCAGAUGAACGAUUAAUUGGUACAAUGGAGUUAAACACAGUGACUUCUCCCAGCAGUAGCAUAAUAUGGGUGACACCAGAUAUCGAAGGCAAACCCCUCAAAAUGGAGCUGGACACAGGAUCUGCAGUGUCUAUAAUUUCCACUACUGUCUACAAUGAGCACUUUAAGGCUAUCAAGCUGAAGAACACAAAUGUGUUGCUGAAGACAUACUCAGGAGAGAGAUUGAGCCCAAUGGGGGCGUUGCAGGUCAGAGUGCAUUAUGGGGGGCAAACACAGCAGUUACAGCUAGCUGUAUGUGGUGCCUGGAACUGGCCCCCCAUUAUUUGGCAGGGAAUGGCUUUCAAAAAUAAAGCUGAAUUGGUGUGACUUGAAAAUGCUCCACACAUUCCAGUCCAAAGAGAAAGGCACAGACCAAACACUGGAACACUUGCGGAAGAAAUACAACACAGUUUUCAGUGAUCAGAUGGGAACAGUAAAAGGCUUCACAGCAAAACUUGUACUAAGAGAUGACGCAACCCCGAAAUUCUGCAAAGCCAGAUCUGUUCCAUACUCCCUGAGACCAAAGGUGGAAGCGGAAAUCGAUCGCUUGCAGGAUACAGGGAUCCUGACGAAAGUGGACAGAAGCGAAUGGGCCACACCCAUAGUUCCUAUUGUGAAGAAAGACGGGUCUGUUAGAAUGUGUGGGGACUUCAAGGUAACUGUGAAUUCAAUGUUGCAUGUGGACCAAUACCCCCUACCACGUCUGGAUGACAUCUUUGCUGCACUAGCUGGUGGGAAACACUUCAGUAAAAUCGAUCUGAAACAGGCUUACCUGCAGCUACCGGUUGAAGAGAGUUCCAAACACUACCUGACAAUAAACACACACAAAGGUCUAUACAGGUAUAACCGCCUGGUUUUUGGCAUUGCAUCAGCCCCAGCCAUUUGGCAACGAACUAUUGACCAGAUUUUGCAAGGAAUCCCAGGAACCCAGUGUAUCCUGGAUGACAUGAUCAUAACAGGACGCACCGACAAAGAGCACCUGGCUAACCUGGAAGAGGUCCUGAAAAGACUGAAAGAGUAUGAUCUACAGGCAAACUUAAAGAAGUGUGAGUUCUUCAAAGACAAGAUUGUCUUCUGUGGACAUGAGAUUGACUGCAAUGGAUUGCACAAAACACAGGACAAAAUCGAGGCAGUGGUACAGGCACCACGACCACAAAAUAUCACAGAAGUAAGAUCUUUCACGGGACUGAUCAAUUACUACAGAAGAUUCCCCCCAAACCUUUCAGCAGUACUCCAGCCUCUAAAUCAGCUCCUGGAAAACAAUAGGACAUGGCGGUGGACAGAGCAGUGUGAAAAUGCAUUUCUGGAGGCAAAACGGCUCAUAACAUCUGAACAGGUCCUGAUGCAUUACGACCCUGAAAUGCCAGUGAAGUUGGCUUGUGAUGCGUCCCCUUAUGGAUUAGGGGCAGUCCUUUCACACACACUGAAAGAUGGGUCAGAGAGGCCAGUUGCAUUUGCGUCACGAACAUUGAAUGAUGCAGAGAAAAACUACUCACAAAUCGACAAAGAAGCACUGGCACUAGUGUGGGGCGUCAAGAAAUUCCACGCAUACCUAUAUGGCAAGCGUUUCACACUGGUUACAGAUCACCAGCCGUUGCUUUCCAUUUUCAGUCCAAAGAAAGGCAUUCCGGCAAUGACAGCAGCCAGGUUACAGCGAUAUGCCCUGUUCCUUGCCAGUCAUAUGUAUGACAUUGAGUUUAAGCCGUCAUCCCUCCACACAAAUGCAGAUGGAUUAUCCAGACUGCCGUGUACAAGAGAAAGACAAAGGAGGGUGGAUGCAGUGGACAUGUUCCAUACCGCUCAGCUCGAGGCCCUACCUGUCACAAGCACAGUUAUCAAACAGGAGACAAGGAAAGAUGUGACCUUGUCAAAAGUGUACACCUACACCAUGUCAGGAUGGCCAGCUACUGGCAGAAAGGAGCUGACUCCGUAUUUCCAGUGGAGAAACGAAAUUACAACGUACCAAGGAUGUUUGAUGUGGGGAAUGAGAGUCAUGAUACCCCAGAAAUGCCAACAUCUAGUCUUGCAGCAACUACAUGAAGGUCAUGUUGGAAUUGUCAAAAUGAAGCUGCUCGCAAGGAGCCACUUCUGGUGGCCAGGUCUGGACCAACAGAUAGAAAAUAUGGCAAAGAACUGUAGUGGAUGUUUGGAAACCCUUCACAUGCCUGCUCCUGUCCCAGUCCACCCAUGGGAAUGGCCCGCAGAGCCAUGGCAGAGAAUUCAUGUGGACUACGCUGGUCCUUUUGAAAAGCACAUGUUUCUGGUUAUAGUUGAUGCCCAUUCCAAAUGGCCAGAGGUGUUUUGCACUGACUCCUCCACCUCAGCUCAGACGAUAGAGUGUCUCAGAACAACGUUUGCACGCUUCGGUUUGCCACUGCAGCUGGUAAGUGACAACGCGCAAGCUUUUGUAAGUGACGAGUUUACAAGAUUCAUGUCAGUAAAUGGAAUCAAACACUCAACCUCAGCUCCGUACCACCCUGCCACCAAUGGGCUGGCAGAAUGCUUUGUGCAAACCCUAAAGCAAGGACUCCGUGCAGCAAAACGAGACGAAGGGACUUUGCAAACAAAACUGGCCAAGUUCCUGGCCUCCUACCGAAACACCCCACAUGCCACGACAAAUGAAAGCCCAGCCGCACUGAUGUUCGGGAGGCCUCUCCGCACACAGCUGGACAUCAUGAAGCCAAACAGGCAUAAUGAAGUGCUGAACAAACAAGCCAAGAUGCUCUCCGGUGGCCGGGAGCGCCAUCUCCAAACAGGACAGGAAGUGAUGGUGCGAGACUACAGAAGAGGAGGGAAAUGGACAAGAGGGACCGUACACACACACAAACGGGACCCAGAACUUACCAGGUUCAAGUGAGCCCAGACAUAAUGUGGCGGCGUCACAUUAACCAAAUGCAUUCCAGGGAAAACAGCACAACAAUCGAGAGAGAACAGGCGCAGAGAGCUCCUGAGAGUGACACACAGGGAACUGUAGAGGACGGUGGGGCAGUAGAGAGACCCCAGGCUGAAAGAAGGGAACGUGUUGAUGAAGGUGCUGCUAUAGCAGACGCUAUAAUGGAACAAGCACACACUGAGGAUGUUCAGGAGCCUCCAGACAAUCUGAGGCGCUAUCCAGAACGAAGGCACCGUCCACCAGACAGACUAGACGUAUAAACAAACAAACAAAAACUAACUGUUCAAGUUCAAAUUAAAAGAUGCAAAAUAACUACAACAAGUUCUGUGAAAUGUUUCAGUUGUGGUUUGGUAAAAGUAACUCUGAUUGUAUAAGAGAAGGAAUGUUAUGUUCUGUUAAUUACUGAUGUCCCCUUUAAGGAUGGAGCACCCUUGGUCAUGCGUAUUAUUGUUCUAUGUUAUUCUGGUACUAACUAGUUUGAGUAAAUGUGAAGCUCCAGUUCAAUUGCUUGUAUUCCGAGUCUUUCUUAUUACAUAAAUAAGUACUAAG